UCGCAGCCCCCCAGCCGGAGUUCGCGGCGCGCUCCAGACAAGAUGGCGCGGCCGGUCCCGGGAACGUUCGGGGUCCCGCGCCGCUCGUCCCCUCUUCUGUGGCUGCUGCUGCUGCUGCUGCUGGGGCUGGAGCCGGCGCUGGCCACGGCCGGCCCGCGGACUCCCUGCGCCGCCGCCUGCACUUGCGCUGGGACCUCGCUGGACUGCGGCGGGCGCGGGCUGACGGCGCUACCCGGGGACCUGCCUGCCUGGACGCGGAGCCUAAACCUGAGUUACAACAAAUUUUCUGAGAUUGACCCUACUGAUUUUGAGGACUUGCCAAAUCUACAGGAAGUGUUCCUCAGUAACAAUGAGUUGACGGCCAUACCAUCCCUGGGUGCUGCUUCUCCUCACAUUGUCUCCCUCUUUCUGCAACACAAUAAGAUUCGCAGCGUGGAGCGGAGUCAGCUGGAGGCUUACCUGUCCUUAGAAGUACUGGACCUGAGUUCCAACAACAUCACGGAGAUCCGGAGCACCUGCUUUCCCCACGGACUGCCCAUCAAGGAGCUCAACCUGGCCAGCAACCGGAUCAACACCCUGGAGUCAGGAGCAUUUGAUGGUCUGUCACGGUCACUGCAGACACUCCGGCUGAGCAAAAACAGGAUCACCCAGCUUCCUGUGAAAGCCUUCAAGUUACCCAGGUUGACACAACUGGACCUCAAUCGGAAUCGCAUUCGGCUGAUCGAAGGCCUGACAUUCCAGGGACUCGACAGUUUGGAGGUGCUGAAGCUUCAGCGAAACAACAUCAGCAAGCUGACAGAUGGGGCCUUCUGGGGGCUGUCCAAGAUGCAUGUGCUGCACCUGGAGUACAACAGCCUAGUGGAAGUGAACAGCGGCUCCCUCUACGGCCUCACUGCGCUGCACCAGCUCCAUCUAAGCAACAACGCCAUUUCUCGAAUCAACCGUGAUGGCUGGAGCUUCUGCCAGAAGCUGCAUGAGCUGAUUCUGUCCUUCAACAAUCUCACCCGACUGGACGAGGAGAGCCUGGCCGAUCUGAGUAGCUUGAGCAUCCUGCGCCUGAGCCACAAUUCCAUCACCCACAUCGCAGAAGGUGCCUUCAAGGGACUCAAAAACCUACGCAUCUUGGAUCUGGACCACAAUGAGAUAUCUGGCACAAUAGAGGACACCAGUGGUGCUUUUACGGGGCUUGAAAGCCUAAGCAAGCUAACUCUGUUUGGAAAUAAGAUCAAGUCCGUGGCUAAGAGAGCAUUCUCGGGGCUGGAAGGCCUGGAGCACCUGAACCUUGGAGACAAUGCAAUCAGAUCUGUCCAGUUUGAUGCCUUCGUGAAGAUGAAGAAUCUCAAAGAGCUUCAUAUCAGCAGUGACAGCUUCCUGUGUGACUGCCAGCUGAAGUGGCUGCCCCUGUGGCUACUGAGCCGGACACUGCAGGCGUUUGUGACAGCCACCUGUGCCCACCCGGAGUCCCUGAAGGGCCAGAGCAUUUUCUCUGUGCUGCCAGAAAGUUUCGUGUGUGAUGACUUCCCCAAGCCGCAGAUCAUCACCCAGCCAGAGACAACCAUGGCUGUGGUGGGGAAGGACAUCCGGUUCACGUGCUCAGCAGCCAGCAGCAGCAGCUCCCCAAUGACUUUUGCCUGGAAGAAGGACAACGAGGUCCUGCCCAACGCCGACAUGGAGAACUUUGCCCACGUCCGAGCACAGGACGGGGAGCUGAUGGAAUACACCACCAUCCUACACCUGCGACGUGUCACUUUCGGGCACGAGGGCCGCUACCAGUGCAUCAUCACUAAUCACUUUGGCUCCACCUACUCACACAAGGCCAGACUCACAGUGCAUGUGUUGCCGUCAUUCACCAAGAUGCCCCACGACAUCGCCAUCCGGACUGGCACCAUGGCCCGCCUUGAAUGUGCUGCCACCGGCCACCCUAACCCCCAGAUUGCCUGGCAGAAGGAUGGAGGCACAGAUUUCCCUGCUGCCCGUGAGCGACGUAUGCACGUCAUGCCAGACGACGAUGUGUUUUUCAUCACCGAUGUGAAAAUAGAUGACAUGGGGGUUUACAGCUGUACCGCUCAGAACUCGGCCGGCUUCAUUUCGGCAAAUGCCACCCUGACUGUCUUAGAAACCCCCUUCUUGGCGGUGCCCUUGGAAGACCGUGUGGUAUCCGUGGGAGAAACGGUGGCUUUCCAGUGCAAAGCAACUGGGAGCCCCCCACCCCGCAUCACCUGGCUCAAGGGGGAUCGCCCGCUGAGCCUCACCGAGCGACACCACUUCACCCCCGGGAAUCAGCUGCUCGUUGUGCAGAAUGUGGUCGCGGAGGACGCGGGCCGGUACACCUGCGAGAUGUCCAAUGCCCUGGGCACUGAGCGAGCCCACAGCCUGCUGAGCAUCCUGCCCACCCCCAGCUGCAGGAAGGAUGGGACCACGGUGGGCAUCUUCACCAUCGCUGUGGUGUGCAGCAUCGUCCUGACGUCCCUGGUCUGGGUGUGCAUCAUCUACCAGACCCGGAAGAAGAGCGAGGAGUACAGCGUCACUAACACAGAUGAAACCAUUGUGCCUCCAGAUGUCCCAAGCUACCUCUCGUCUCAGGGGACCCUUUCUGACCGACAGGAAGCAGUGGUCAGGACUGAGGGUGGCCAUCAGGCCAAUGGGCACAUCGAAAGCAAUGGUGUUUGUCCCAGAGAUGCAAGCCUCUUCCCAGAGGUGGACGCGCACGGCAUUACCUGCAGGCAGUCCAAGCUCUGUGUUGGAUUUAACAAGGAAGCACAUAAAGUGAUGGAGAAAGUCGAUGGGACACCUGGGCCACAGAAGACGGAGCACGGCGGCCCGGCCAAAGGUACCGACUGCACCAUGGACGCAGACAGUUACCCCAAGGAACAAGCCUGCUGUCCUCAGCUGGUGGCCAGAGACAGUGCACAGCCGGGUGCAGCGAGCACCCUGGAGCCCAGUCGGCGAGUCCAAGAACAAACUUCACAUCGUGCAGGCUGUGGGACUGCGGGUGGUUGCCAGGCUGACUCUAGGGGGGGCCUCUACCCCAGUAACCACGACAGAAUGCUGACAUCUUUGAAGCAGCAGCCAGUGGUGCCACUGGAUGGGAAAGGGGCCUCCGCUCGGACUUUAGCAAGGGGGUGUGAGCCGGACUCCAUGGACCUCCUGCCCUCCUGUAUAUUAACUCCGGGCAGUUCUCAGCUCACAGAGCCCACCUCGGGUUUCCCCGAUGCCCCCAGUGAAGGCCAGCACCUGCUUCUCGCCAAUGGACACCUCCCCACCGCAUGUGACUCCAACCCCGAGUCCGCACCACUGACAGGACAGCUCCCCGGGAAACGGAAUGUGCCACUGCUGUUUGCACCGAAAGUCUAGGCUUUGUCUACCUCAGCUCUUGUCGUGUCGGUCCCUACAGGAAAGAGGUAGGAGAGGCUGUGAGGAAGCUUGGCUUCAAGCGUCACUGAUGUGUAUAUAGUUUUAACUUCCAUGUGGAGUAUCAGUAGUUUAAAGGACUUACAGCUGAAGCACAGAAAUGCAAGAGGCUAUUGUGUAAAAAAAAAAAAGGCAGAAAAGUAUUUGAUAUGGUUGUACAUAAGAGUUUUCAGAGAUUUCAUAUAUAUUAUAUAUCUUUUACAGAGGCUAUUUUAAUCUUUAGUGCAUGGUUAACAGAAAAAAAUCGUCCAGUUUUGACUAUUAUUUUUCCAUAUCAGGUUGCUGUUUAAUUUUGGAGCAGGGGGUAAGUUCUGGUGCCUUAAUGCAUGGAUGGAAUUUAUAGAAGCUGAAAACCACAUUUGUUCCCAGCAUUGGGGAGGGACAAGGACGGACGGAAAGUGGGUGCCUGCUCUCGGCUUCUCAGGGCCCACCCGAGGGCGCCCCCGCAGCGAUUUCCUGUGCACGGGCCCCACGUGGGUGCUCUUGAAACAAACCUCCCUGAGGAGCCCAGAGGUGUGGUUGUCACGUACCUUUGUAGUGAAUGACUUUUUCUCAGAUGUUUAAAUGCUUUAACAAGCAGAAGGGGGGUGGUUACUCUGCCACGAGCAGUUGGUCCAAGCCAUUAAGCACUGCCGCUCUUCCUUCUUUGCAUCUCAUUUUAUGAUAAAAGCAAAUGUCUUUGUCAUUUGAGGCUUUUUACUAGAUGGAGGCUGCUGGUGUUGGUACCUGUGGAUUUUUCAAUAGCAAUGUUUUAAUUCUGCCAAUAUAAUUCCCUUGGCCUGGGGGAGAGGACAGAAUCUGGGCCACUUAUCUCUGAGGAUCUGGAGCAGCCUGUCCACGUCCUUCCCUUGUAGACGGCCAGGCUCAGACUGUACAACUCCUUCUGGAUCUAUUUGCACUUUUGAGAUCUAGAGCUAACCAGCUUGUGAGUGCCAAUGUCUGUUUCAGGAAAAAGUAUACUAAAACAGGAAAUGAAUUUCUUUAGUCAAAGAGCUGAACGUAGGUGUGGACAAAAAAAAUGGUUACUUACCUAUGUUAAAUUUUACUGUCAAAUGUCAUCACUAUCAUAAAAGGUAAGCAGUUUAGAAUUUUGUUCUCAACAGUUCAAUGUUACUUCCACAAAAUAUGUGAAUUUGCUGCUUCUGAGAGGCAAUGUGAAAGAGGAAGUAUUACUUUUAUGUACAAAGUUAUUUAUUUAUAGAAAUUUUGGUACAAUGUACAUUGAAAAACAUAAAAUAUUGAAGUGUCUAACAAAUGGCAUUCAAGUGUCUUUAAUA